GACAUGUGUGCGUUCAGGUUGCCCCUCAAGGCCUCGGGAUGAGCAUGCGUGAAGACAACCAAGACUAAACAGAACAGGGCACACCGCUGUCAAACAUUCCGAACGCAGUAGCGAAGAGACGCUUCAGUCCACUACUUGGAAGAACAAACUCCGUUUAACUUCUGUUGCCAGUGUUUGCACCGUAUUAGCGAGAGGUAUGAAGAGACCCCUCAGUCCCACACACCUGCUGGAGAACGGGGGUAUGUGUGUCCCAUUCGGCGCCUACGCGGAAGGGGAAGAGCCUGGGACUAGCCACGGCCACUCACAGCAGGAGAAGAAGAUGUUGCCGUUCUCUCUGUGCGAGGUCUGCAACAUCCAGCUCAACUCCGCCGCCCAGGCCCAGGUCCACUACAAUGGCAAGUCCCACCUCCGGAGGGUCAAACAGCUGAGCAACGGAGACCCCGUCUCCAGCCCCGGCCCCUGCCCCGCACCCCUCUCCACCGUCAGCAGCGGAAGUUCGUGCCACGGCAGUACCCUCCCCGCCCUGGUGCGGAGCCCCUCCCUGAUGCCGCCCCAGUGCAUGCUGGACGUGAAACCCUUCCUGUCCUUCUCUGUGGACAGCGCGUCUCCCGUUGGACUCUUCCCCAACUUCAACACAAUGGACCCGGUGCAGAAGGCUGUAAUUAACCACACGUUCGGAGUCUGUGUCCCACCAAAGAAGAAGCACGUCAUUUCCUGCAGCGUCUGCCAGCUACGCUUUAACUCCGACAGCCAAGCAGAGGCACACUACAAAGGCAGUAAACACGCCAAGAAGCUAAAAGCGCAGGACUCCAGCAAGAGCAAGCAGAAACCCGCGGCCGGCAAGGACAGCGCGAAGACCGUCAGCACCUGCUCCUCCACGGCCACCGGCAGCAGCGCUGAGCCUCUGGACAACAAAAUGGCCGCCCCGAAUGUGCUGAAAACUUUGGCUCCGCCCAAAUCUCCGGUUCCCACAGCGACAGGCGUGUCCUUGCUGUCCUGCCUGUCCAGGCCCGUGUCCCUUCCGACGCCCGGCAACGCUCCGGCGGAGACGGCCAAUCAGGGGCCAGCUGCGAGGAGCGGAGCCACACCCCCAGCCACGGCCCCGACCACAGCCCCGCCUACGGGAGAGACGGAGGAGGAGAAGGCCAAAAAGCUGCUGUACUGCUCGCUCUGCAAAGUGGCCGUCAACUCUCUGUCUCAGCUGGAGGCUCAUAACACAGGUUCGAAGCACAAAACCAUGCUGGAGGCCCGAAACGGAGCAGGCCCCAUAAAGGCCUACCCCAGGCCUGGGGCCAAACUCAAGGUCCAGGCCACUGUGGUCAAAGGCUCGGGCCUGCAGAACAAGACAUUUCAUUGUGAAAUCUGCGAUGUGCAUGUGAACUCAGAAAUCCAACUUAAACAGCACAUCUCCAGCAGGAGGCACAAGGACCGAGUGGCGGGGAAACCGCUGAAGCCCAAGUACAGUCCCUACAGCAAGCAGCAGCGCAGCGCCACAGUCCUGGCGGCGAAAUUGGCACUUCAGAAGGACCUGGUGAAGCCGCUAUCGCCGGCGUUCAUUUCCAGCCCCUUCUCCCCCACAAGUGUGGCCUCCCUCCCCCUCCACGCCCGGCCCAGUACCCCCCUCUUUCAGACGGCCACCCUGUCCGCUCCCUUCCUGCGGGCUGCCCCAGGAGCGAUGCGACCAGCUGCCGGGUCAACCAUCCUGUUCGCCCCUUACUGACCCGGAGCCCCGGCUCAGCGGAGGUGAGCCCUCAGGGCCCUGAACAAGGCCUGGCACAGCAGAGCCAAAAUGGCGCCCUCAGAGCCCUGCACAAGGCCUGACCUUGCAGAGCCAAAAUGGUGCUCUCAGGGCCCUGCACAAGGCCUGCCCCAGCAGAGCCAAAGUGGCGCCCUCUGGCCCUGCACAAGACUCGCCCCAGGAGAGCCAAAAUGGCGCUGUCCGCCGAGAACUUACAUACGUGAAAAAACACAUAUUUAUCAAAGAGGAUUUACCUGCAACUGCACCCAGCAAUUCCAGCGUCUGAACAAGAGAGGACCCAGUGCGAGUUUUUGCAUCGCAUACAGCGUGUAAGUGCUGAAAAGCAUCAAACUUCUUCCUGAAUGACUUGAAUUACCAGUCUUCCUAAGCAAUGAAAAGACAUCUCCGACUCGGAGGCAUAUUUCAGUGUUGACGAAAGCCUUUCUUCAGGCUAAGACGCUACUUUCAGUUAGGGCUGGAUGUGGUCAGAGACAACGCUGUGGUUUCAGCCCCAGGUCUGUUUAUUAUGCAGGUGAAGAGCUGUGAUCACAGCUUAGCUAAUGCUGACUUGUGUUUAGCCAUCUGGAUAAUUAGUUUGCAAUGGUGUUACAUUUCAUCCAACUUUUUAUCUUUCAUCUCUGAAUAGAACAAUCCAGAAAACUAGAGAUUAAUCAUUUCUCAGUGGCUUUACUUUUCCUAAUCUGUUUUAUCAAACAUUUCAAGUGUUUCUGUUUGUGGUUUAGUGCUGGAGAGGCCUACACCAUCGCUCUGGGCCUCUCUCACUGUUCUUCAGCAGAUUUUUUUCCCAGAGAAAAACAUGAUGUAAAAUUGCACAUGCACUCUUAAUCCUGCCUGUUCUUUGGCAGAGAAGUGGUGGCCCUUUCCCAUGUGGUAACGGAGAUGCAUUACGCUAUGGCAAUAAUGGGUGUUUGAUAUUUACAUUCAGAACAGUAAGGCAAUACCAACUGCAUUGUAUUGGGAGAAUAGUACAUAGAACAUAGAUACAAUGCUUUGUAUUUUUAGAAUAAAAAAGCAAUCCACACCAAGAAUGACAUAGAGUUGUUCAUUAGACUGUAGGGCAGGGAUCAACAACUCACAGUCCUCAAGGGCCAGUAACUGCUGGUUUUCCACCCUCCCUUUACCCGGGAGUCAGGUGUGAAGACAGUCUAGCCAAUCAGUAGCACGAACAGAAAAGAAAACCAGGGCUGCAUUUGGAUUUGAGGGCCUGAGUUUAUGAUCCCUGCUGUAGGGUACUGGUUUAAUGCAUAGUAUGUAUGUAUAA